CGCAAAAAACCAAAAAAUAUCUGUAUCUUCUUUCUAACUUCUUGAAUAUAAAACUUAAUUGUUACGUGUGAAAUAGUUGGAAAAGUUAAAGAAACAGGUUUGAUAUCAACAUAUAAAAUGAAGCGUAAUUUAAGAUUGAAGUUUUGGGCAUCGCGUGGUCAGAUUUGAGUAGAAAGUGCAUUUUGUCAGCAGAUUUUUCUCGAGCAGUCAAACUGAAACUCCACAAGAAGAAUGGGUGUUGACAAUAGGCACCGCCAUUUUGGCUAGACCACAAAAUCCUACAUCCAGACCAAGGUUGUUCUGGCUACGUCACGUCACCUAGUCACUUGUUCAGGCCUACUUGUUCAGACCAACGUGUGCACUGCCAGCCAAUAUUAAGACCUAUAUUACAAUGGGAAUGUGUGAAGAUGUCUAUUAUCUAUACAUAUCUUGAUGGUGGCUUAUUAUAAACCGCGAGAUGAGAAAUUGCAAGAUGAGUAAUCAAUAUUUUCGGCCUCAAGAUUUUCUACCUCACUGGACCAUGACGAUCAAACCAUAAAAAUAAGGAGAGCUCGGGACCUACAAUGGCCUUGGUCUCAUGAAUGUUCACUUUUUCAGGUUCCAUAUCAGCAAUAUAUUCUGUGGCAGGCAGGUGUACAAGAUGGCAGCUGCCCCUGUGAUGGACAAUCCGCUCACUCCACAACUCUCACCACAGCCAAAGAUGCAGAAGAUUGCCCAAGAUGUGAUUGAUUGCAUUCAUGAGCUGAAGAAGGAUUUCAUUGACAACCAAAUACCCAUUAACGAUGACAACCAAACCCUCCAAAGAUUAUGUGCCAAGUUGGAAUAUCUGUUACAAGUGGAGCAAAAAGUCAAGACCAGCUUUCUCGGAGCCAAGAAGGACUAUUGGAACUAUUUCUGCGACUGUCUGCAAGGUGUGAAGGGUCUCAAUGAAGGCAUCAAGUAUGUCAAGUCCAUUACAGAGUUGAAAACAUCAGUCGGCCGAGGGCGUGCCUUGAUGAGAUUUGCCCUGAUGCAUCAGAGGUUAGCUGAUACCCUGCAGGCUUGUGUCAUGAAUGGUAGACUGACAAGUGAUUGGUACAACGCCAAGUCGAUUUGGUUGAAACCUAACACGUCCUCAGUUAUCAUCAACGCUCUCUAUGAUCUGAAUGAUGUCCAGUUCGAUCUUGCUCCGAGAGGCUAUGAUCUCGAUGCCUCAUGGCCAUCAUUUGCCAGGAAAACGUUUGGCAGUUCAUUUGCUUGGAAUUCACCAAGUAGGAGCUCAAGUGUUACCAGCUUGACUGGACUUGGACAGGAUAUACCUACUCUAAGGCUGGAUACAUCGAACAUGUCUGAAACAAGCAGCUUACGAGAAGAGCCGUUUGAAUCGUUUCAAACCGAGGCUGAUCUCUACGAGAAGAUGGAAAGAUUCAAGUGUGACCUUGAGCAGCUGCAGGAAAAGGAUGCUAUGUGGAAAGACAAAGAGAAGCAAUGGCUGGAAGACCUGCUAAGUAUGAAGACUCUCAACACGGAGCAGGAGAUGAAGAUCAAAGCACUCGUUGAUCAAGUUGCGAGCAAAGCAAGUGUUGUCAAUGAAAAGGAAGCGUCAAUAUCGCAUCUCAACUCGAAAGUGAGUGACUUGGAACAUCGAAACUGUGGCCUGAUCACCAAGGUUGAAGGUCUCAUUGAAGAGAAGAACAGUGGUGUAAGCAGUCAAAUGGACUCGGCCAACAAGGCACAAGAAUUCUUGGAAAGUUUGAAUGAAUCCGAGCGAAAGAAUAAUGCAUUGAUUUUGGAGAAUGCAGAGGUGAAGGUCAAGUUGAGGAUCAUUGAGGAUAAAGUCACGGUUGCUAUGGAUGAGGUCAAGGUCACUAAAGAUGAAUUGGCAACUUGCCAGAUUGAGUCUGAGAGCAGACGGCAACAGCAUGAGUCUGAGUUGUUGGCGAUGAGAGACUUGAAAUGUGACUUUGAACAUAGAAUGAAAAAUGCCAUCCAAGACUUGGAAAAUGAUCAGUUGGGUUUUUCUGACAAGGAAAGAUAUUGGUUGCAAUCAGAAAAGGAGCUGUGUGCAAAGUUGAGUGAGCUUGAGAUGCGAGAGAAGGAAACUUGUGAAGUUAAUGAGAAAGCGAGGCAUGAUAAUGCCGAGUUUCAAAGCCGUUUGACUCGGAAAGAUACGGUUAUUGGUAAACAAGAACAAACCAUAUCAGAUCUAAAAUAUGAAAUUCAGGAUUUGACAAAGCGUUUGGAGAAUCUAGACACUCUGAAAGAAGAAAAGGAGUUAGAGCUGAGUCGUGCGCUGAAGGCUUCGCAGAGUUUAAAUAGUGAGAUCAAAAUAGAAAUUGAACAGUUGAAAUUUGAGUUACAAGAGAGAGAGGGGUCAGUGGAGCGUGAACUUGGGACUUAUAAUGAGAAACUACGGCUUCUUGAGGAGGAGAAGGAGGUGUUACAGACAAGGCUAGAUACUUUCAGCAAGGAACAAGUGGAAAAACAAAAUCUGGAGAUGAAAUUGUCAGAUUUAGAAACUGAUAAAAGUGAUCAGGUAAAGAUGCUGGAGGAUGAGCGCAAUUGUUAUUCUGAAGCUCAUCAGAAGUGUGAGGGGUGUUUGGAAGUGAAGGAAAAGAUUGAAGGAGAUCUGCAGCAGACAGUGAAAGAGUUUGAGGAGAGAGACAUGGAAGAGAAACUUGAGAUGGCAGAGGGAGCGUUGAAGAGAGGCGGUAUUCAAGAGUGGGAGGAGAAGCGGUCACAUCUCGAGCUCAACCGAAGCAGCUCAGAGUCGGAGCUGGAGCAGCGUAACAGGUCGUCAAGUGAUUUAGAGGAGACUGUGAGCUGCCGGCAGACCAAUGUUCACCACAUGGAGUCUAAGGUGGAUGACGCUGAGGGGUGGAUGCAUGAAGAGGAUAUGGUUCACCUGCAGACGUCACUGGUCCAAGCUGAGGAGAGGGCACAUACCUUAGCGGACGAGGUUGAGGGCCUGACGAGUCUGGUCAUGCUGCUAGAUCAUCACCAAUUGGAAAUCAGUGAGGUCAAGGAUGUUCCAAAUGUGAGUAAACAUCUGGUAGCAAAGGUUGAAUACAUUCUACAAGAGAAGGAGCUCAACGAUGCCAAAUGCCGCCACACUGAGGCAGGGAACGUGGAACUCCGAUCACAAGUGCGGGUCCUAAAACAGCAGCUAGAGGAAUAUGCUAAUGACCUCCAGCAUUGUCAGUUAGAAAAUGCUGAAUUAAAAACGAUUGUUUGUCAGUUAGAGAACGUAGAGGCGGAGACGUCACGAAAGCUGGAGAUGAGGACGGAGAUUGUUGAAGAGCAAGUGGUGGAGAUUGAGAAGUUGGAGGUGAAGAUGAAGGAGAGUGUGAAGACUGUGCAUGAGAUGAAGAGUGAGAUGAGGCGGCUAGAGGGAUGUGCGGCGGAGGCCAUGUUACAAGUAGAACAAGUACAGAGGGAGAAUGAGAGCAAGGAAGCUGACAUAGAGGAACUGCGUGUUGAUAUCACAGAACAAGUCGGUCAGAUUGAAAAGCUACGUGUCAUGAUUCAGGAAAUGGAUGGUGAAAUAUCAGGUCGUGAUCAACGCAUAUCACAACUUGACGUCAUGAAUAAACGUUUGGCAAAUGAGAUGAAACUACUACAGGAUUUAGUGGCAACUGCAAACGAUAGCAGUACACGGUUUGAAAAACAGAUUCGGUCAUUUGAGGAGCGGAUCACAGUGAUGUCGGGUAGUUUUGAGAGUCUUCAACAUGAUAAUGAGAGGUUGCUGUCUGAUAAGAGCCGACUGAUGCAGGAGAAUACGCGCCUGCAAUCACAGAUUGAGAUGGUGACUGAUGAGCGUAAGAGGUUGGAAGAUGAGCAGGAUAUGUUAGAAAAGUCUCUUAUCGCUGCGUUUGAGGAAAAAUUAGUAAUUGCAGAGAGUAAAAGUCGCACGGAGAGUCAGAGAUGUGAGGAGUUACAGAAACAACUGGAUAUAAAGUCAGGUGGCACUGUGAAGUCAGGUGAUAAAGCAGCUUCAGCCGACAAUGACAAUGAAGAAGUGACAUUAGCUCUAGUGUGUGAAAAUGAGAUUUCAGUAGGGAAUGUCACAAUAGAGAAUACUCAAACGUCUGGUGCUAGAAGUGACAAGCAGAUUAAACACUUGGUUUCUCACUUACAAACGGAACUUCAGUGUGCCUUAGAUAAAAACAGUGAUCUUUCGAGUUGUGUUGAUGAACUCAAUCACUUGUUGGAGAGUUUGAAAGAAGAAACUGUCAACUAUAAGCAAACUGUGAUAUCCCUCGAACAUGAGCGUGACGAUGUCAGAUCAGAAUUCACAAAACUGAAUUCAGUGAUUGAAAGUAUGUGUAAAGAGAAUGAGAAUUUGAAGAGUGUGAUUUCAGUGAAAGACAAUGAAGUCUUAGAACUGUCUCAAAUGAUAUCAGUUGUGAAAGAGGAGAAUGUGACACUAACCAAGAGCCUGUUGGACAAGCAAACAACAUGUGGGGCUUUAGAAGAUCAACUUGCUGAGGAGUGUAAUGCUGUUCAAUCAGCUGAAACAAGCUGUAGACAACUCCGUGAGCAGCUUGGCGACCUGCGCCAUUGUGCUAAAACAGAGGCAGAGAAACUACAGGAGAAAUGUGAUGAGUUGGUCAUGAAAAUGUUAGAAGUAACAAAGGAAUAUGAGGAUGUGUCGGGGAAAUUAGACAUUGAAAUUUCAGGCAAGGAGGAGUUGCAGUCACAAAUGAGAGAUUUGGAGGAGAAGUUAGCCAGAGGCAAUGUGGUUGUCUCCAUUACGGAGAAUGAGAUGGUUGUCCCGGUAACCAGUGAAACACCUCCUGAUAGGCUUGAUGGAGUUUGUCACAAAGAAGAAAAUAAAACAGGUGAUUUACCAACUAAAGACUUGCAGAAAUCUCUUGCUGCCAGGUCAGAUGAGGUCGAGAUCGGGGGUGAAGAGGUCAAUGUUGAUGAAGCACAAGAGGUGAAGGUCAAUGAGGCAGCAUUCAUAGAGUCACUGGAAGAUGAGAUUCUGAUGUUGAAGCAGCAGAACUAUGACAUGGAGAUAUCAUUGAAGUGCUAUGUGAAUCAGGGGAUGGAUGUGGCCAAGAUGCUGGACAGGAUGACAGACCAGGAAUCACUCAUACAGACUCUUGAGUUGGAGCUCCAAGAGAUAAGAGAUGAGAGGGAGAUAGAGAGGGAAAAACAAUGGAAUGAGUUGGAGAUGCUUAAGGAUAGCCUGCUGAAUCGAGAAGACGAGAGCAGGUUGUUAGGGGAUGAAGUCAAGAGGACGAGCCUGUUACUCGAUCAGGAGAGAGAAACAGUGUUGAAACUCAAGAAUGAGAUCCAAGAAUACAAGAAGAAAAUGGAGGAGAUAUUGAACAAGAAGGAACACGAGUUGAUGCAGGAAGUCGGCACAUCUGUUGAACUCAAGAAAAAGCUCAUCAAACUCAUCAAAGAGAAGGACACCCUGUGGCAGAGGUCAGACAAGCUCGAGUUCAAACAGCGAAUCAAAGCUGCUGAGACGUGGAUGGAUGACACAAAUGUGACUCAUUGUCUUGGCUGUCGGUCGGAGUUCUCAUUCAUGCUGAGGAAGCAUCACUGUCGCCUUUGUGGUCGGAUCUACUGCCAUAACUGUAGCAACAACUGGGUACUAACGACACACACCAAAGGGAAGUCUCGUGUGUGCAAUGCCUGUUUCAUUGAGCGUGAGUCUGGUGGUGAGAAUCGUCACGGUGGUAACGGUAGUGAUAUUGAGGAUGAUGUCAGCGUCCAAGUUCCUCAUCUUCGGAGUGAUUCAUGGAGAAGCUUCAACUCGACCCCUGAUCCUUCCGACACUUCUAAUAAAGUGCUAUCAGUGAAUGUCCAAGCAGGGCCUGCCACCUCUAGUUCAACCAUAGACUCCAUAGAUACCCCACCACAGAUGAACGACCUUCACCCCGAGAAUGUCUCAUUCAUACCAUCACCAGAUGUUGACAUUAUCAUCACACGAGGUGUACAGAACAAGACUGAUGACAGUAAGCUACAGCAAGCUGAAGAAUCAACACCAAAGGACUUCCAAGACACGACAGAUGACCUGACUUCAUCAGCUAUCAAGGUGGAAGUUGAUGGCAAAGAGAUAGAUGGUGAUAAAGAUGAUGUCUUCCAUUUGAUAAGUGAUGAAGAGGUGGCCAGGUCUCUGUCUCACUCACAUUCAGAAUACCUCGCUGAUCAGGAAAACAGCCUGACCACCAGUGUGACACUAUCUGUUGAUGCCAUCUCAAAGACUCAACACCAGAGCCACGAAGAAACCACCAUCCGGCCUGGUCACAUGUUUGCUGUGCCCGUCCUCAUAGACAGUCCUGGUAUCAUCCUCUGCUGGGAGUUCUCAACCGAUCCCAAGAGUAUCACAUUCAGCAUCAACUACAAGGAGAGUGAUACGACACCAGCAGAUCAGCAACAAGUUCUAUUCAACCCAUGUAAAUGUAACGCACAUCGCCAGAUGGUUGAGGGGGAACUGGUCGCGCAGAAGGCUGGCGUCUACACUCUCUAUUUUGACAAUGCCAACUCAAGAUAUACCUCCAAACAUUUGAAAUACAAGUUGCAGAUCAAGUCGCCCAUGUGAUAUCUCCUUCUGUGAUAAAAAGUUGACAAGUAAACUUCCCAGUGAAGCUCUGUAUCUCUUGCCUUGUUGACAGCAUUGAGGCUCAGGCCGGUUGAUGGUCGUGGAGGGAGUUGAUCCCUUAUAUGUAUAGUAUGUCUAUCAGUAUGUGUACACCUGAUCAUGUGGAUUGUUAGUGAUGAUGAUGAUAUCAGUAUGUAAAGCUGGAUAUUCAGGCACCAUUGGCCCCAUGUGAGCCUAAUAUCGUUUUGAGAUUAUGUUAUGUUAAAAGGUUGAUUAAAGUAAAGGCAUUGGUCACAAUGGUUCCAUCCCUUGAGAUGUGAUCUGCAAAUGCACGCCAAAUAGCUUAUCACUAUCAGUCUUUGCUGACUUUUCUGUGCCAUGCAUAUCAUGUAUUAUGUGCUGCAGUGAAAUGCCUUUCUUAUGUAUAGUUGUCAAAUGAUUGUUUGAUAUGGAAGAGACAUGCAUUCUAUUGAGAAGGAUGACAGCAUGUAGAAACACCCAUGGUAAUACAUGUACGCACACUGUGUAUGGUUGUAUAGAGGAGGCAGUAUAGUGUCCUACACGUAUAUGGUUGUAUAGAGGAGGCAGUAGUGUCCUACACUGUGUAUGGUUGUAUAGAGGAGGCAGUAGUGUCCUACACGUGUAUGGUUGUAUAGAGGAGGCAGUAUAGUGUCCUACACGUAUAUGGUUGUAUAGAGGAGGCAGUCCUACACGUGUAUGGUUGUAUAGAGGAGGCAGUAGUGUCCUACACGUAUAUGGUUGUAUAGAGGAGGCAGUAUAGUGUCCUACACGUAUAUGGUUGUAUAGAGGAGGCAGUAGUGUCCUACACUGUGUAUGGUUGUAUAGAGGAGGCAGUAGUGUCCUACACGUGUAUGGUUGUAUAGAGGAGGCAGUAUAGUGUCCUACACGUAUAUGGUUGUAUAGAGGAGGCAGUAGUGUCCUACACGUAUAUGGUUGUAUAGAGGAGGCAGUAGUGUCCUACACGUGUAUGGUUGUAUAGAGGAGGCAGUAUAGUGUCCUACACGUAUAUGGUUGUAUACAGGAGGCAGUAUAGUGUCCUACACUGUGCAUGGUUGUAUAGAGGAGGCAGUAGUGUCCUACACGUGUAUGGUUGUAUAGAGGAGGCAGUCUAGUGUUCUACACUAUGUAUGGUUGUAUAGAGGAGGCAGUCUAGUGUUCUACACUAUGUUAUGUAUAGUUGUAUAGGAGUGUUGCUGUACACUGUUUAGUCACUGUACAUGUAUCAUGAGUACCGGGCAUUAAUUUAUUUGCUAAUUGUUGAAUAGAUAAUUUGAACUUUAUUCUUAAUUCUUUUGUUUUGUGUUUCUUAUUCCCCGCGGGCGCGGUAGUUGAUUAUUGAUAAAGC